AUGGCCUACAACCAACGCCCACCACGAGGCCCCGCGGCCGCUGGAGGUGCCCCAAACAUGGGCCCGGACUUCAACGCCAUGCUCCAGCGCUCCAUGCAGGCACCUGGACAGCUGCAACCCCCGGGCUCCGAGAUUCCACGCGGGCCCUCGCCGUCUUCUGGUUACGAAGGCGUAUACAGUGCCACUCCACCACCACAACAUGCGAACAUGCUCGGUGGUGCACGAGGGCAGGCGCCGCCCCCUGUACUCCCCGUCGACCUCCCACCGCAAGCCUUCCUGACAUCGGCAAUGCUAUUAGACAUGGUGGACAAAAAGGUCGACGUACUACUGCGUGACGAGAAAGAGUACAUUGGCAUAUUACGCUCCUACGACCAAUUCGCCAACCUCGUCCUCACAGAAUGCUACGAGCGAAUAGCAGCCCGCAACCCCGACGCAUCGCCCUCCGACCUCUCCGUGCCCCGCUGGCUGAUACACGACGUCAAGCUCCCCGGCGUCAUGACCGUACGAGGCGAGAACGUCACCAUAUGCGCGACCGUCGACCUCGACCGAGAAGAACACCCCAAAGGCGCCAUGUUCGCCGAAGAAGACCAAGUCCGCGCGCUGGCGGCGUCCCAAAAAGCAGAGAAGAAAGAGGCGGAUUCGCGGAAAGCAAAGGCGUUGAAGCAGGCUGGCAUUGAGCCUGGCUUUGGUAUGCAAGGGUAG